UGCGGACCCGGCGACCCGCGGGCGGCUGGCCGGGAGCUGGCUGAGCCCUCCGGAGGACGCUUCCUGGAGGAGGCCGGAACACGGAGGAGGGAAUGAGCUCACAUCCUCCCGGCAGGCUCGGGGGCGGGGCCGGGGCGGGGUCGGAGCAGGGAGGGGGCGGAGCUGGGCGGAGGGCAGGGCGAGCGGGUCCCCGCACGGGCGGGGAGCGGGCGCGGGGUCGGAGAAAGGAGGGAGCGGAGCUGGGCGGAGGGCAGGGCGAGCCGGUUACCGUACGAGCGGGGAGCGGGCGCGGGGUUUGGGGUUGGGUGGGGGUCUCUCCGAGUGGGGAACGGGCGAGGGAGUCUGAGAGCGCGCUUGCAACUGUGACUGCCCAGCACGGAUGGACGGACGCGCGAGGAGCAGUGGCUUCGACCCUGGGUUCGGCGCGCGAAGGUCGGGGGGCGGGAGGACGGGGGACGGGGCGUGCAGAUGGUCAAGGGACUAGGGAGGGCUGUGCCCAGGGCAAAACUGAACACACAAAGCGACUAACGAUUCUCAGGCUGCCCCUAAAAGGUGGUGCGGAGCGCCUAGGCGCUUCCCAGUGCUCCUUCUACCUGUGUCACCCGAGACGUGGAGGGGUACCGGGGGGGGGGUGCCCCACCAGGCCAGAAGCAGCUCCCCCGAGGGAGCAAGUGAAGAAACUGGACCCGGAGAAGACCUGCCCUCCCAGAGAAAAGUAGGGACCCGCUGCUCAGCCCCUGGAUUUCCUCGAUCAUGAUGGGCACCAAGGAGUCACACAAGGGUUGCUGGAGGAGACCAGUGCCAGACAUCAUAGUUCUCCCCAAGCCCAGAAACAGGUGAACCAGUGCCCAGGCUGCCUGUUUCUACAGAGCCCAUUGGAGUGAUGGCCCGGACUGGGGGUGCCGUAGUCUGUUUAGUUUCUUGGCUUUUGUUGGUACUCCUACCUUUCAAAAAGAAUGCUGCCACAGAAAA